UCUACUCCCUAUAGCGCCCAGCGCGAGGCUGAGCUGACCGUUGGGGGUUUGAAAGGGUGCGACAUGUUUUCCUGGCUCGUGCUCUGCGUGUUGCUGGCUGCGCCCGCUCAGGCGUGUGGCUCGCGCCACAAGCUUGUGGGCGCGCCUGAGGAUGUGUCCCCGGACGACCCCGAGCUGCAGAAAGCCGUGCACUUCGCCGUGACCGAGUAUAACGAGGCGUCCAACGACGUGUUCGCCAGCAAGGUGGUGAGGAUCCUGUCGGCCGAGCAGCAGAUUGUUGCUGGGGUGAAGUACACUUUUGAAGUUGAAUUGGGGAGAACCCAAUGCAAACAAGGACAGGUUCAUGAUUUGGAAACUUGCAAUUUCAGUGAAACACCACAUAAAACGUUCUGCAAAUUUGAGGUUCUUUCAAUCGCUUGGCGUGGAGAAACUUCUCUGCAAAGCAAGAUGUGCAAACCAUCCAGCAACUGAAUUUUCUGUGUUGCAGCAAAUUAAUUUGUAUUUGGUUACUAAAUGUUUAAUAUAUUCACUGGAAACUCCACUUCUCAGCAUCCUAGUAGCAGCUCUAGCCUUUAAUUAAAUCAUGAACAUGAAUGUUAAAUGCCUCACUAACCAAAAUUACUGUAGCUUCCACUAAAGCUAAUAAAACUAUCAAACUCUGAA